AUGGUCCUACAAUUCCCAAUUCAACCGCCAAAUAAUUACAGCGGCGCGAGCGAACCGGUCAAAAGGCCAAAGGAGUUUGCCUGCUUCUCUUACGACAAGGACCAUCAGUUCCGCCAAGAUGACUCGUCCAUGAAAUGGUACUACCCGCCCGAUGUUGGCGCGAACCUAUCCAACGGAUACGAUGGUUUUAUCAAGCACGACGACCGAAUUGAUGAGCAUCUAGACAGUCUUCUCCGGACUAUGACGGACCAUGAAAAGCAAACGGGCCAGCCCAUAGAUGCCCACAUCGUCACUUGGAGGGGUAUGUUGACAAAGAUCAUGGCUACGCCGUUUGAUGAUGAAGGGUUCGAGAUGAACGCAACACUCUACCGAGAUUGCAUAUUUAUCGAGGAACAUCAUGCGUUCAAAGAGCAAAAGCGCCAGUCAGAAAGCCACCAAGGGAGGGGCAGAAUACCGCUUUCCCUGAUGCAAUACUGGGGGUACAAAUUCGAAACCUUGAGUACACUGCCCCAGCCUUGGGGCGAGACAUCGAGAGAGUACAUCGAAAAUAGGGACCAAGAAGUAACCAAUAACAAGGAGCAAUAUUGCUCUGUCGUCCGGACGGGGUUUGGCAAAUCCAUAGUUUGUCUUGGCGGCGAGGUCGACGCAAUCUGGGACAAAAAGCCCCAAACACCCGGAGAGCCUAUUAACUGGGUCGAGCUCAAAACGAGCGCCGAGAUCCGCGGGUCCAACGACCAGUUCAAGUUUGACCGCAAGCUGAUGCGGUAUUGGAUCCAGUCCUUCCUGCUCGGCGUGCCCAAGAUCAUCGUCGGCUUCCGCAACAUGGACGGUAUCCUCACCCAGGUCGAAGAGCUCAAAACAAUUAGCAUUCCGGAUGAGGUACAGCGUCGGGGUAUGGCGCGCUGGGACGGCAAUGUGUGCAUCAAGUUCACCAGUCUCUUCCUGGAGUGGCUCCGCACCAGCCUUAACGACGAGGGCGUUUGGAGGAUCAGGCGGCCGCAUAAGGCGAGCUACAUUGAGCUGUUUAAAGUUGAAGAGGUUGGCCACGGGAACCUCAUCACGGACGACUUCAUGAACUGGAGGAUCAAGCUCUCGCUCAGCAAGGACAGACCGCCAGACGCGCAGGAACCAGCAGCAGAAGCCCCACUCGAGGAAGAGGAUGCUACUGCGAGGGAGUGA